UGAAAGAUGGAUAUCGUGCAGACGAUCACUUAAAUUAUUGUUAAUUCUAGCAGUUUUUCUUAGCUGAAACACUAAGAUUUUCUAUAUAAGAAGGAAUUUUAACAAUGGGCAAUAAAACAGUCAAAUCUUAUAGCAUUCCAUACGAAGUUGCAGUUAAACGAGUAAAUGAAGCAGAACUGAAACGACUCAAAGCAGCUUUUAAACGUGCAUCAAACUUGCAUGGACUGAUAUCAAAACAAGCUUUUCUCAAAGAGGUCUUGGGAGAAUUUGUUCCAGUAAAAUUAGCAGAGGAUGCAAUGCUGAGACAACUCUCAGGGAAUACCUUAGAGUUCAUGAUGUCUGCAGAGAGUCUUUUUUUUCAUUGUUGCUUUAUUUUCAGUUUGUUUGCCAAUGAAGCAGGAACACAUGUUGUCAAAGAAGACUUGGUUAAAAUGGUUCAAGCUUGUGAUGGAGGUUUUGUCUCGGAAGCAGUUGCAAAUUGUUUUGUUGAAAAUGAAAAGGUAACCUUCGAAGAAUUCCAAGUUUGGUUAUUGCAUAAUGCAGAUGCUUCCACUCUAACUCAGUGGCUGAUGUGUAAACCAGACCCACUAAACUUGUCCAAUAAUUAUGAAACCCCCACAUUUUACCAGACGUUGGCAGGAGUCACUCACCUUGAAGAAAGUGAUAUCAUUGAGUUGGAAAAGUGCUACUGGCUGCUGAAAACACAGUCUAAAACGGGAAAAUUUGAUCUCGAAACACUGGUUUUGCUGAUUAGCCCUCCAGUUCCACUCUCUUUAUGUGAAGGUGUGUUCAAUGCUUUUGAUGAAAAUCGAGAUGGUCAUAUAGAUUUCAAGGAGAUGGCUUGUGGGAUAUCGGCAUGUUGCAGAGGGCCUUUGGUAGAAAGACAAAAAUUCUUAUUCAAAGUAUUUGAUGAGGACAGAGAUGGUAUUCUCUCAUCUGAAGAAAUCUCUCGAAUGGUAGAGGCAUUACUUUAUUUUAGAGAAGAGAAUAUGACAGCAGCCAAUGAAAAAACGCAAGAUCACGAAACUAAAAUAUCUAAUAAUCUUCAAGAUCUUUCCCUAAAUAAAAUAAGCCAGGUUACUCUGGAUGAGUAUCUUGUAUGGUCUGUUGACCAAACUCUACCCCAUCAGUUUCUUAACAUACUUUUUCAGAUUUGCCAUGUAGUAUUUGGACUAAGGCCUACUACCAAAGAGGAGGAAGGUGAAAUCAUAAGGGAGUGGCUAGAUAGGGAAGUGAACAGAGGAAUGCAGAUUGGACAGUUCUGGUAUUUAAUAUCUAUGGAAUGGUGGAAAACAUGGAAUGACUAUAUUGAUUAUCAGGGAUCACUUGAUUGUGGAGUGAAUACAAAUUCCAUGAAACGUACACCCAAAAUGCAAAAGAAAGUUGAAAAUUCUGUUGCUUGCUCUCCCCUUGAAGACGCAGGUGGAAAUGUUGUUCUGUCCAGUAUUAUUAGUUUGGCAGAAGAUGCUAUAUCUGUAUUCCAGUCAGACUCAACACUAACACUUCCAGAAAGUGAAAGGACUACACCAGGACACUCGCCAGUUCCAUCAAGAAAAUUAUACAUGUCUUCAGCUUCUCAACGACCACCAGCCAUAGACAACUCUUCUCUUAUUGUACCUAAUAUGUCAAAAACCAUCAUUCUGACAUCUGAGGGGGGCAAGUUAAGAACAAAUGCCAUUUUAACUCGUGGCAGAGACUUUGAAUUAGUGCCUGAGGCAAUAUGGCGGGCACUUUCCCAGUGGUUUGGUGGUUCUCCUGCACUACCCAGACAGGUAAUUCAACCCUCGAACAGUGACGUUCCGGAGCUGGAGUUGUACCCCAUAACCCUCAAGCUCUACCGUCACCAAGCUGUAACCAACAGUUGGUCAGGAGUUGUUGCUUGUAACAACAGCACCUUUUAUCAGUCCCCUACUGUUCCGAAACGUUACCUCGCUUACCUUGCUUCAUUUAGUCGAAUGUCAGUAUUGAAACAAGUGUUUGACUUUCUCUGUACUCGGUUACGACUUAGGCAAGAAGAUACCCGCUUAUGGUUGUACAAAGAUGAUAACAAUCUGAUUUUGUUGGAAGAAGAAAACUUGACUUUAGAAGCAUUAGGGAUUGAAGAUAAUGAACAAAUUUUAAUUGAAGUAAGAAAUAAAGAUCAGACCUGGCCAGAAGAAAUCUGUAGGCUAGUGAAUUCUAAGAUAGAUCAAAAAAACAAACGACCUGCUGAACGAGGAGCCACUGGGUUAAAUAACCUGGGAAAUACAUGUUUCAUGAAUGCUGCUCUUCAGUGUGUUAGUAACACGCAGCCCCUGACUCUCUAUUUUAUUAACAACAAACAUCUAUUUGAACUUAACAGGACAAACCCUCUCAGUAUGAAAGGUCACAUGGCUAAAAGAUAUGGAGAUUUAGUUCGGGACUUGUGGAGUGGUACAUCCAGAACCAUAGCUCCUGUGAAGUUAAGGUGGACAAUAGGAAAGUAUGCUCCACGUUUCAAUGGGUUCCAGCAACAUGACUCGCAGGAAUUAUUAGCAUUCUUGUUAGAUGGACUUCAUGAAGACUUGAAUAGAGUACAAGAAAAACCAUAUGUUGAAUUGAAAGACAGUGAUGGUCGAGCUGAUGAAGAAGUUGCCAAAGAAGCUUGGGAAAACCAUGUUGUUCGAAAUCGAUCAAUCAUUGUGGAUCUUUUCCAUGGCCAGUUACAAUCGACAGUGACCUGUAAAGUGUGUGGACACAUUAGUGUCAGGUUUGACCCUUUCAACUACCUCUCCCUUCCACUGCCUAUGGAGAGCUCUGUCCACUUGGAAAUUGUCUUAAUAAAGCUGGAUGGAGGUGUACCCUGGAGGUACGGGCUUCGCCUGAACCAUGGUGACAAGUACUCUUCUCUUAAACAGCAGUUGAGUGACCUCUGUCACAUUUCUCCUCAACAGUUAUUAAUAGCAGAAGUAUCAAACUGUGUAAUCAAGAGUUUAUUCCUCGAUGAUCAAAAGAUAAGAAUAACAACAGGAGGUAGUCUGUUGGCAUAUGAAGUUCCUUUAAUGCCUGAACCAUUCGUUGCUGAAGAACCAAAAACCUUUGAUCAGAUUCAGAGAAUGGACUUGACAGAAGACCUUACCAUUCCUUCUUGUUGGAAAUCACCAUUCCUUUCUGUGAAUGGUGAGGCUUUUCAAGCAAGUUCUACUGCACUCAGCAGUAUCCAUUCUCAGGACCCUGAAAACACCAAUUGUACAUUUAAAAUAGAGGAUUCUGUCUCUGACUUAGUAAAAAAUCAGCCAUACAGGAGUGAAGGCAUCUUAGUAGCAGGUCGCCCAGCACCGUCAAGUCAGAACGGUCUUCCACCAUGGCAUGGUACAGGACCAUUUCUUGUCGGAGGUAAUCCAGCCAGCGUUCCUUCAAGCAUGUCAUCAAGUCUUGUCAGUAUUUCUUCAUCUGUUGACUUGACAGAAUAUUCUAGGAAAAACUUUGUUGUGGCCUAUCACAGGAAAGUGAUUCGGCAGGAUGUCUAUUUCCUGUCAUCUCAGAAAACACGACCAACUUUAUUUGGACUUCCCCUUGUGUUGCCAUGCUACGACAAUACUACACACCAGGACUUGUAUCACUCAGUGUGGGUUCAGGUGUCUAGGUUUGUGUCCCCUCUUCCUCCUGCAGAAUCUGGAGUGCGAAAUCAUGCUCAAGACUGCGACGACAGUCUCGGUUAUGAGUAUCCAUUUACAUUGAAAGCAGUUCAGAAAGAUGGGCUUUUUUGUGCGUGGUGUCCCUGGUACAGGUUUUGUCUAGGCUGUUCUGUGGAUUACUGUGGUGCUGACUUUAACUUUGCUUCAGCUUAUAUUGCCAUCGAUUGGGAUCCAACAGCAUUACACCUAAGAUAUCAAACAUCUCAAGAAAAGGUGUGUUUGAACCAUUCAAGUGUACAGGAAACAAGGCGGGGACAGACCGAGCCAAUCAGCCUUCACGACUGUCUUGAUGCAUUCACAAAAGAAGAGCAUUUGGGUGAAGAGGAAAAAUACUAUUGUUCCAAAUGCAAACAGCAUCAGCUGGCCUCCAAAAAGCUUCAGAUAUGGAGGCUACCUCCAGUGCUGAUUAUUCACCUAAAGAGGUUUCAACUUAUGAAUGGAAAAUGGGUGAAAUCCCAUAAAAUUGUAAGGUUUCCAUUCUUUGAUUUUGAUGCCACAAACUACCUUUCUUCAGUGCCUCGAGAGGCAGUGCUCAAUUCUUGCCAUUACAGUAAAAUAGAAGAAACCCAUGCUAAUCAGCAAACUCCACUCCAGAGCCAGUCAUCAACAAAUAGUGAUUUUCAGAUCACCAACUCGUGUGUAAAUUCUAGUCAAAAAGACUCGCAACAGAUUGUUACUUGUAAUAGGAGAAAUUCAAGCCCUAUUAAGAAGAAACUUCUUAAUGGAGAUCUGGUCAGCAAGCAUCCACUUAGUCAGGAUUAUAAGGAUCAUGUAGCUCAAGAUUUCCAUGAACAUCGACUGAAGGAAGGAUACAAUACCUUAUCACUGAAGUAUAGACUGUAUGCUUUAGUAUGUUACAAUAAUAGCAACUGUAAAGAGGUGAUACUUGAUCAAAUUGAUGUCAACUCUGCUUAUAUACUUUUCUAUGAACGUGAGGGUAUUGAUUACAACAGCUACCUCCCAAAUGUUGAGGGUAUGCUACCAGAUACAAAAGACAUUGAUGAUGAGUUUGAAAGUGAUUUUCGCAAAAUUUGUUGUCUCCAGUGAUAUUUCCUACUCAUUUUUAUCCUUUUGUUGCUGUAUAGCCUUUGCUUCAAAGUAAUCAAUGUUGCAAGCAUGUGUGUGUUGUGAAGUGUAUCCCAUGAUUCAAGUUCUAUGUCAAAGUGACCUUAAGAGGUAGUCAGUCUACAUUGUUUGGUCUGUGAUCACUUGCUUUAUAUAUAUAUAUAUAUCUUAGUGAGGUCAUGGCUUUGUACAGCGUGAUUUACCCUCUUCUAAAUCCAUUGCUUAUUGAAAAAUUAACGUCUGAUAAUAAGACAUCCUCAUUAUUAUUAUUUUUUAUUGGUGAUUAGCUAAUGAGAAGCAUUUUUUAAUCAUACGGGAUACGUUACAAUCACUCGAUUGAAUGAUUUAUAUUUGUCUUACAAAUACUAAUUGUUUCAUUCUUUUGCAAAAAUGACUAAUACGUUGAACGUCUUUAAAAGUGUGGAUAAGUUUGAGGAUUCUGUUAUAGAAUGUUAGCUUUCUUACAUUCAAACUUACAUAGAAUUCUUUUUUUUUUUUGUUCCAGAAUACGCAGCAACGCUUCAUUUUUUUUUCUUCUUCUUCUUCAGAUUCGGUACCUUGUCUUGCUUGUACCUGGUUCUUUAACAAUGAACUGAACUAGUACAAUUUAUGGAAGCUGUAUAUAUAUAAUUUUAUAAUACUGAGAAAGUUGGUAAUUAUCAUUUAACAAUUUUCGUUAUAAAUAAUAACAUAAUUCCCGUUGUGUAGCAUGUAUUUUUAUUAGGAUAGAAAAAUACAUUUUAUUGACUUUGCUACUUAUUUUUGUACAUUGUUUUUUUUAUUUGCUCAAAACGUCUAAUAUAACAGAUACCUUGCCAGUGUUUACAUUAAUGUUGUGGUCACAAUAAUAGCUUUACAACUAGAGUUGACACAUUUUUAAACUGUAAUAUGGGUAAUUACUUAAAGAAUAACUCCGAAAUAUCCAUUAUAGUUAUUGUUCUAGUGUUAGCGCCUCAGUCAGAUGAGCAGACAGAAUUUGUGCAUGUGAUAUUUUUAUCAACAACCUUUCUUAAGAAUAUGAAUACCAGGAAAGAAAAUAAGUUAAGAAUGCUCUAUUAAGUUUUUGUAAUAUUGAAAAUGUUUUUAAAAGCAUUUUAUUUGACCUUGUAGUCAUAGCAAACUUGAAGUUUGUAAAUAUUGAUGUACCUUGUAAAUAAGAUGAGAUAUUUAUAAAAGGCUAAGUGUAA